CAACGAGAAGGAUAAAAUUUCGCGCGUCUCCAAGAUGCUUUAAAGUUGUUAGGUCGAGAUUAACAUUCUGCGGUUUAUUUAUAUUGUUCGAGCUACAUCAGCUGUUUUACUUCCGUUCCUAUACCUAUAUUGUUUUGUAAAGUUAUCCUACAAACGAGAAUGUCUUCUCCAAUUUCACCUAGCAUAGCUUCCACGGAACCUGAACCUAAACAGAUCAAAAUUGAUGGUCUGCAAUCGCUAGGUCCAUACAUCAGCGCGAAAGAUAAUGCUAAAAAUUUUACUUACAUAUCUGAUAUACCUCAGAUUUGUAAGGAUGAACCAUGUGUAUUGGGUGUUGAUGAAGCUGGAAGGGGGCCUGUUUUGGGUCCUAUGGUUUAUGGUAUUGCAUUCAAUCCAAUAAGCCAGAAAGAUAUACUCAAAAAACUGGGAUGUGCUGAUUCGAAACAGCUGACGGAGGAGAAACGAGAUCAGAUAUUUGACGAUAUCAAUCAAAAGGACUACGCAGUUCAGAGCAUUGGUUGGGCGGUAGAAGUAAUCUCUCCUAAUGAGAUCUCAAUGAGUAUGCUACGACGAACGAAACGUUCACUUAACGAAGUUUCGAUGGAUUCGGCGAUUGGGCUGAUAAAUCGAGCAAUCGAAGCUGACGUAAAUAUAGCAGAAGUAUAUGUCGACACGGUAGGACCUCCAGAGAAGUACCAAGCAAAAUUACAGGAGCUUUUUCCGAAAUUCAAAAUCACCGUAGCCAAAAAAGCCGAUAGCACAUAUCCGAUCGUUUCGGCUGCUAGUAUAUGUGCCAAAGUUAGCAGGGACCACGCACUGAAAGUAUGGAAAUUUCGCGAGGGAAUACCCUCGGAUAUCAGCUACGGAAGCGGUUACCCGGGAGAUCCGGUAACGAAAAAAUUCCUGGCAGAUUACGAUUUAGUGUUUGGAUUUCCAAGGUUUGUUCGAUUCAGUUGGUCGACUGCUUCAAACGCUUUGGAGAAAAAGGCGUACGAUGUGGAGUUCGACGACGAGGAGGAUGAUCAAGAGAUGAAAAAAGCCACAUAUGGUAGUGCCAAACUGUCGAAGUAUUUUGCUGCGGAUCGUAAUGAACAGCGGAAACGUCACGAGUAUUUCAGGGAACGAUGUUUGAAACACGUUUCUGAUAUUUAAAUUGCACCAAUGCCAUUCGAAAAUAAAACAGUAUGUCAUAGAAAAACACAAAUCUUUCAUCUAUGAAAAACCUUACGAAAAGUUUUCUAACCAUUCGUUUUCAUUUCUAUAUAAUUUCAAAACAAUAUAUGACGGCAUUACUACGUUAAGCAAAUUUAAGCCAAAAAAGCGAAUGAAAAUUCAAGGGAAGUUAUUAGCUUAGCAUGGACUUAACGUAGACAAUAAAAAUAAUUAAAACCGUUUCAAGAAAUCAAAAACUUUUUUCUCAAUGAACAAAAAAAAAAGAAUUAUUCUCUUUU